ACUAUUGUGUUUAUGGCUGUUGUGCUAUUUUUUUGACAUUGUGGGUCUCUUGUGCAGAUCACGUGUGUUGAUUUUGGGUUUAAUGACGUUUGUGUCAUUAUGUGCAUAAUUAAACGGUUUUAUUUUGCACAUGCAUAUUUAAAAUGAAAUUGUAUGACCAAGCACGGAUCUGUAACAGUAAGGAGUAGCUUAGCUUUUAACAUCUCGGCGCCAGAAUAAGGGGAAAUGACACAUCUGGAACACUUUGAACAUCAGUUGUACAGAUUUAAAGCGGCCAAAGUGGAAAUACACGAACUGAGAUGCAUUUUUCUAAGACAUAGGUUAUGUGAAGAUGGAUACACUGAAUGUUCCAGUAAUUGAUGUCCACAUUAACAACUUUAAGGAGAUUUGGCCAUCUAUGCUGUUGGCAAUAAAGACAUCAACAUUUGUAGCAGUUGAUACGGAGUUGAGUGGCCUUGGAACAAGAAAAGACUUGCUGGCACCGUGCAUUGAAGAUCGGUACAAGGCCAUAUGCCAAGCUGCCAGAACAAGAUCUAUACUUUCUCUAGGAAUUGCUUGCUUUAGACAGCGUCCUGAAAAGAUGGAGAACACCUACUUGUCGCAAGUGUAUAACCUUACACUGCUUUGUAUGGAGGAAUACAUCAUCGAACCACAGUCUGUGCAGUUUCUGGUUCAGCAUGGCUUUGACUUUAACAAGCAGUACUCUGAGGGGAUUCCAUACCAUAAAGGCAAUGAUAAGGGCAAUGAGAGUCAGAACCAGACUGUGCGAACAUUGUUCUUGGAGAUUAUUCGAGCCAAGAAACCCCUCAUCCUACACAAUGGACUGAUUGAUGUGGCUUUCUUGUAUCAGUGUUUCUAUGCUCACCUUCCUGACCGGCUGUCCACCUUCACCACAGACCUUUCAGAAAUGUUCCCAACUGGAAUCUAUGACACGAAAUAUGCUGCAGAAGUUGAAGUUCGGUUUAUUGCCUCCUAUCUGGAAUAUGCUUAUAAAAAAUGCAAGAGAGAGAACUAUAAGCUGAAAGAGGCCAAUGCUAAACACCUGACUAUUGAGUUCUGUAAUUAUCCUGCAAGUAUGUCCAGCUUCAUUGACUAUCGAUACUGCUCUUUGCCUGAUGUAGAUGGACAGGUAGCAAAGUCAGAAGAUGUACCAAUCUGUGAAAGGUUUUCGGCAUAUGGCUGGUGCCCUGAUGGCGUGAAGUGUAGCAUGUCCCAUAACAUAGAUCUCAUCAUUGAUGAGGAUGAGCGACAUCAUGAUGACCGGAAAAAGAGGAAAAGGCAUAAACGUAAGAGAAAGGCAAAUAGAGGGCAACUCGGCAAUGAUAGCACUUCAGGCCUUGUAAACUCUGAAGAGCAAGAGUCUGUGCCCCCAUGUAAGCAACCUUUUGUGGACAAGCCCUGUAAGGAUGAGAUGCAAACUGAUACACAACCAACAGAUGAGGACAUAGACAGUGCUCAUGAAGAAAACCCAGAUAAAAGUGUACAGAUAGUGAAAGGUGACCCAGAGCAAUUGUGUGAACCUCUAGAACAUGAAACCCAGGUUGAUGACAGAGAACAAGAGUUACAACCAGAAAUCCAAGAAUAUGUGGAUAUUCCUCCACCAUCAAGAGAUGUACUGUGUGUGGAAGAAGACCAGGGGAAACAAAAAGCUGAAGAAAAAAAGACUAUGGAAAAAGUGAGCAAAUCAGAAGGAGUAGGUACUCAUCGUGCUGGCUUUGAUGCCUUUAUGACUGGCUACAUUUUGGCCUAUAUUUUAAUGGUAAAGAAUCAAGGUAACAGUGGGCUUGAGACAGGCUUGAUUUUGCCGGACUGUCACAACAAACUCUAUCUGAGUGGCAAAUCAUUGCCACUUCAGAUUGUCAAAAGUGCUUUUUCCAAAUCCUCAAAGGCCCACAGUCAGAAGAUGGUGCUAGCUUGGGGCAAAAACUGACCCAGAACAUUUUUUCCAGCCUUUUUACUUUUUUUUUACUUCAAGGGAAAAUGCUUCUUUGGCUGUCUCUCUUAUCAAGAAACCUGUUUUAUUAUUUUUUUUAAACGAUACAUGUCAUUCUCUGGGAUGAAAUGUACAUUUGGGAUGCAAUUAAGGUAUUUGCCAUGUUUUCAUGGAUAUAUAGCUUCUCUCACUGUUUUUACAAGUCUGUUUUUCUAGUGUGUGUAGCUUUCUUUUCUUGUUUACUACUAUGUUAGCUCUGCCACUUGCCUUCAUCUGUCAUUACAGUUUUAUGAUAUUGCAGUCUGUCCGUGUGGAACAUAAACUAUCACCAGGAAGAGCAGAAGGUUGAGAAGAUUUAGAGAUGAAGGAUUGUAUUGUUUUGAUGCCUUUUCAUUAGUGGAGAUAUUUUGAAAACUAAUUGGUGAAAAAAUACGCAGUAGAGCAAAUAGAAUUGAACUGAGUAUUUUCAUCAGUUUCUAUAACGCCUUAUAUUUGUUUUUCCCCAGCUAAACUUGUUAGACCUGUUGAAAACUGUAUUUGCCCAGUGUGCAAAAGAUAAGUGAAUGAUCAUGUAUCCUAUGAUUGAACAUGUUAAAUGUAUUGUGUAAUAACCUACCCUUGUUUCAUAACAAAGAAAUUAAUUUUGUAUUAAAAAGUGCUCCUUUUUGUAACACCAUUUCUCUUAUGGGAGAUGUACAUUUUACAUAUGUGGUUUAGCUGAACAGUAAGGUGAAGGUGCAUGCCAUAGUGAAAGGCAUCAGUCUUGGACAGGUAUAGAGUUUGAGAAACCAAGAGCAUUUUUUGAUCUUCCAGAGGUAAUAUUAUUAUGCAGUAACCUCACAGCACUAGAGGGCAUUAUUGCUGUUGUACCUCAUUUGUUUAAUAAUGUGUGGUCAGUCUAACUAGGGACAGUGUUGUACAGUAUCAGCAGGGUAGACAUCUAGAAUUUACAUAAACUCUGUAGAAUUGCAUGUUUCAUAUUUCCAAGCUCUGCCUGAUUAUCCACAAGUAGUGCCCUGAGCGAGACUGAUGUCAGGUAAGAUUGAAAGUUCUACAGAGAAGCACAUCAGCAAUUUUUAAAAAUAAAACCAUGUUUAAGAUGA